AUGGUCGAUUUAAUUCGGAUGACAAAAAAGUAUGAUGCUCUGGAAAAACGAGAUACAGUGAGCGGAAAUUUGCAUGAAAAAGUACAGGAAGAAGUAAGUAACACACGUCGGCUCUAUUGCUGCAAUUGGUUGAAAAAAUUUUGAAUUAGACGAAGUACCAAUAGUUGAAGCCUUGAUUAGAAUUCAUGAAACUCUUUAUUUCCAUAGAUUUGAAUACGCUGAUCACGAAUUUUUUAUCAGUUUUCAAAAUGAUUCAGUAGUUUCUUGAGUUUUUAUGCAUUCGGUCUCACACCCGUUGCAGCAAUUUGUUUUUCAUUAGUGUCUCAAAUUUUAAAAUAAAAAUAUGGUUUUACAGUUAGAAGAAAUGCGACGACAUCACCGAAAAUUGCAAAAUGAUUUGGAUCAAAUUAAAUUAGAAAAAGAAGAUCUCGAAAAAACUGUAGAAGAUCUAAGAUUAUUGUUGUAA